AUGAAGAAAUUACUGAAAGAAAGACAACAACCCUCUCCUCACACUCCUGGUGGAACAUCGAGCACGAGCUCUACGAACUCUCAUCAUCAUCAACAACAACAACAGAAUCAUCAGCAUUCCUUCGGAGUGAGCACACCUGUAACCUCUCCUUUUGAUUCUUCGUUUUUGGUGACCUCUCCUGUUCCGUCGACCCCUGGUGUUAUUUCUCUCGCUUCGGCAUCUUCAUCAUCAAAUCCACACAACAACAACAGCAGUAGCAACACUGCCAGUGUGUAUAGUAGUAUUGUGAAUGCUCAUAUGAAAAUGGAACCAAGUACUCCCACUUCUGCCUUGUCAGGUUUGAGUCAUCACUCGAAUAGUCAUCUCAACUAUUAUUCGUCAGCAGCAAGCAUGAUGCAUCAACAACAACAACAACAUUCAAUGCCAUCCUUUAGCAACAAUGGCAGUUCACAAAAGCCAAACAAUCUCUACCCUUCCUCACUCAGUAACGGCAUCUCACACCUGCCUCCAAUGCAAAGCAACAAUGGUCAGUUGGACAAACAGUCACAACAACCAGCAAUUUAUCCAUCCACUAGCCAACACACUCUCUCUGAUAUGCCACUUCCAAGCUUCUCUAUUCCAUCCACAGUCAUUACUCCAAGUUCUUCACAUUCGUCCUCUGCUGACCAACUCCAUAAAAAGUUCUCAGCACCAAAUUUGACUGGCAGUAGCAUUGCCAAUGUUUUCCAACAACCUUUGGUCGAACCAAACAAUUCUGCAUCAUCGAAUACCCAAUCCACUAGUAAAUCACCACUCCCUUCAUCAUCUGCAGGUUCUGCAUUGGUUGCCAGUACGGAUAGCCCCAUUGUUGAGUACAUGGAUGACGAUGACGGAUGGAUUGUUCAAUGGUUCAACGAGGACAAGAGAAAAAAGUGGAAAGUCAAAGUUCCUCAAUUCAAGUAUUGCAAGAAGAGAAAAGAGCAUUUUGAUAAGUCAUUCCCUGAUACCUGGUAUAAGGCUCCCUACAAGUAUCACAUGCAUCUAGAAGUGGCCAAUAUCUUGCGUGAAGAAAAUGUUUUGGCCCAAAUUGACCUAAAUUAUGAAGAUGGCCAAAAGGUUCUUUCUCAACAAAAAACAAAAGAAUCUAAAAAGGGAAAGAAGAAGAAGAAACAAGAUGAUAAGGAAUCAGGUGAAGAAGACAAAAAGUCAGAUGAACCUGUAAUUACAAACAAUGAAAGCUAUUUCAACUACCAAUCAGCAAACAAGUCGACUGUCACUAUUGGACCUUUCAUGUACAAUAUUUGCAGCUACAAACAAGAAGGAAAGAAAUUCCGUAUGGUUGUUUACCUUUACACCAUUAAUAAUACCACUCCCUACCAUCCAUUCCAAACACAACCUGUAGAUAUGUCCAACAAUGCAGUUUUAUGCUGUUGUUUAAUUUCUCCAAGUUUUACCAUCAGAGCCAAGAAGCCAAUCGUUAAACCUGGAAUUAAAUCAAAGAGAAAGAGAGGUGCUGAAGAUGACGACUCAAAGAGUGGCGACGAAGAGGUAGAUUAUCCUCCUUCUCCUACCACGAAUAACCACAAAAAGAUGAAAGAACCAACCAACUUAGAUAGCUCAAUUCCUGUCAAUUUCCAUCCUCGUCCACAUGAAAACUCUCUCACUCAAAAUGCAACUCAAGCCAUUGAUGAAUUACUUGAAAGUUUGUACCAAAACAAUACCGCCUUUGAUCCAUCUCUAGUUGGUGCAAGUAGCAGUGCAGCCAGUUCAAGUAGCUCUGCAGCCUCAUCGAGCAGACAAGAAAUCAAUCCAGAAGAAAAGAUUAAGAACAUUACUGAGACAUUCCAAAGCAUGGCUGACUCUGAGAGAAAGAAAUUAUUGAAUAACAUUAUUGAGAGCUGCUAUCCACAUGAAAAGGAGUACCUUUACAGAAAGUAUUUCGAAAAUGGAUACUCAGAUUUUGGUGAUUCUUCAUACUAUCAAAACCAUGCUCAACCUUCUCACAUGCAAACCAUGCUUCAACAAUAUCAAAUGAUUCAACAGCAACAACAAGAUUUAUUUGCCUACUUUGCAGCUCUUAACAACAACUCGGCAACACUGGCUGGGUCCUCGGGCGUGCAACUUUUGCAAUCAUCAGCCUCUUCCUCAGGAGUUAGCAGUAUGGAUAGCUCUUCUCAACCACAAUUUCAAGCUGUUCAAGUGCAGCCAGUGAUUAUUACAAACGCUGGUGCUGCUGUUGUACACAACAAUUCGGCUGUUCCUCACAAAGCGACUGCUGCUGUUGUUGUAAAUCCGUCCUCUCUGUCCUUUGCCUCAAAUCAUCAACCUAGUGAUGUCGAUCAAUUCUUUACUGAACUAUUUGAUUAA